AUGAAUUACAUAGAAUCAUAUAGGUUUCAAAAAAAGGCACCUAAUUUAAAAUCAGACUUAGAGGAAAAUAAAGACAAUUGGGAUGAAUUUAUAAAAUAUAUGAAUAAUUUAAAAAAUAUUUCUUAUUAUCCUUCUAAAGAUAGUGAAUGUAUAUUUAAUUCAUAUAAUGAAGAUGACAUUAAUACUAAUGAAAAUGAAUUAAAUGAAAAUAUAGAUGAUCUAAUAAAACUAAAGAAGUGGAAUGAUAUGCAAAUUGAUAAUCAUUCUAUCUAUAAGGAAUCUUCAUCAGACAUUGAAAGCAAUUCUAAUUCAUCUGGUAGUGUUUUAAGUUUUAAUAAAUAUAAUAUCAUUCAAAACAAUAUAUAUUCAAAUAAUGCUAACUUUAAAAGACAAAAAAUUAAAAAUAAUAGUUAUGAUUAUAAACCAAACGAAAACUAUGAGGAUGAAAAAAAUGAUUCCUUAUCAUAUGUAAAAAGCAAAAAUUUAUUAGAAUUUGAUGAUAACAAGGACAAUAAUGAACCAUAUAAAAAUAAUAAAGUACAAAAAAAAAUGUAUACCAAAAAUAAUAUAGAAAAUAGUUCAAAAAAUUCUUUAAAAAAUAGAAAUCAGAAAAGAAAUUUCAAUUUAAAUAAUCAUAAAUCUUAUGACACUAAUACAUAUGAUAAUUUAGUAGAUGGAAACAAUAGAGAUAAAAGCGAUAACAAAAAAAAUUACAUGAAUAUAAAUAUUAUUAAAAAAAAUAAUAAAUAUGAAGCUGGAAAUUAUAAUAGAAUAAAUCAAAAUAAAGAAAAGAAAUUUAAAAAAAAUAGUAAUAUUAAAAAAAAAAAAAAAAAAAUUGAAAAUAAUUUAGAAAUAGAUGGAUCUUACGCAUAUAAUUAUGCUUAUUUAAAUAAAAAUGAUGAAUCAUCAGUGUCUAGUCCAAUGGAAACCGUAAAUAAUACCAUAAUGAAUUUAGAAGAAGAAAUAAAUAAUUAUCAAUUUAAUGAUUUUAUUUAA